AUGGCCUUCAACUUCAACUGGUCGCCUCUUACGGCCGACGCCGACUUCUACAGUCGUGCGCGCGACCUCUUGACCAAGGCGCUCAACAAAUCGCCCAAACCGCCCAUCAUCGUCGAUGAUAUCCUCGUCAGCGAGCUCAACCUGGGCACCGUCCCUCCUGACCUCGAAAUCCUCGAGAUUGGCGAUCUCGCCGAGGAUCGAUUUCGUGGCAUCUUCAAAAUGUCCUACUCGGGCGAUGCAUUUUUGACACUCAAAACACGGGUUCAAGCAAAUCCACUCAACACCUAUCUCAACUCCAAGCCAUCAUUCACCUCUCCGCAACCACUUGCGGCCGCUUCAGGCUUGACGAUACCGCUAUCGAUAACGUUGUCGGAAAUAAAACUUUCGGCCUUCAUCAUCCUCGUUUUCUCCAAGCAGAAAGGACUCACUCUGGUCUUCCGAAACGACCCGCUCGAGUCACUGAAGGUCUCCUCCACCUUCGACUCCAUCCAGUUCGUGCGCGACUACUUGCAAAGGACGAUCGAGCAGCAGCUGCGGAACCUGAUGAUGGACGAACUGCCUGCCAUCAUCCAUCGACUGUCGCUCCAGUUGUGGUGCCCCGACCAAGCGAAGGGCACCGAGACCUCGCAGGAGGACACCGACGAGAAGGGGGCAGAUCCGUUUGCGAGCCCGCCGCUGGACCCUGUGGAUGCGAAUGGCAAUCUCCUAGACGCCGGCGCCAUCUCGGAACUGACUCUCAACGGAGGCGGCGAGGUGCAGUCCCUCUUCUCGCAGAAGAACCUCUUACGGCUGGCAGCCUUGACCGACUCUCACCGGACACUAUCCCUGUUUACGCCAGGCAUCCAAGAGGUCGUCUUCCGCGCCUGGUCCGGAUACGGGGAUCGCUCGGGCUCCGCCACGCCCUCGCCCACGACGCCUAGCCUUGCCAGGAUACACUCGUUCCCAACCGGCGGCAGCAACACCUACACCUUUUCCGACUCGGGCAGCGCGGCGUACGGCCACUUCUCGUCACGGUCAUCGGUCGUCAGCCUCAACUCAGCCGCUUCCGGUUCGGCCCACGUUCCGAUCCUGCGGUCGCGAUCUGGGCGGAAGAAGAAGAAUCGCAUCGUGAAUCUCCGACGAACCGGCUCGGAAGCCAGCUCGGAGGCGGGCACGUCAGAGAACGCGUCGGAUACUGCAUCGGUCUGCGGGCCGUCUUCCAAGUCGUCCCAGUCCGCCUCUAUACCCGAGGAGGCUCCGGUGGCUGCCGUACCUUUGGGUCCUCCGGGGAGGCUUCACUCUCCAGCCUGGCACAAGGAAGCUCCGUCGAUGCGCCAGGCGCUCAUGUCGGACAUGUACGAGAAAAAUGUUGAGCAGGCUGCGUCGGCAGCGAAGGCGAAGGAGUCGCUGAAGACGGUCGAGAGCACCGAAGUGGCGGCCGAGAAGGUACCAAGGAGCUUCCACCAUGGCGCCGUGCCUGCCAGGGAUCAAACGUACGGAGGCCCCGACACCGGCUCCGUGAUCCUCGAGCAGGCGUGGAUCAUGAAGAUGGCGGGCGAGAUUGCCCGCCGCGUCUACGACGAGAAGAAACGCGAGCAAAGCGGUUGGGGCAACGGCGAAAUCCCGCCGCCUCCGGCGUACGAAGCUGCGGCCCCUUGA